GCGGGGGCUCGGCGCGGGCCCGCGAGAUGCCGGUGUCGGCGGCCCGAGCGGCUGCAGCUGCAGCGGCGGGGGAGGAGGCAGCCGGGCCCGGGAGGGGGGCUGCGCCGGGGGCCCGCGCGUAGCCGGGACUAUGGAGGGGCAGAGCGGCCGCUGCAAGAUCGUGGUGGUAGGGGACGCGGAGUGCGGCAAGACAGCGCUGCUGCAGGUGUUCGCCAAGGACGCCUACCCGGGGAGUUAUGUCCCCACCGUGUUUGAGAACUACACCGCGAGCUUUGAGAUCGACAAGCGCCGCAUUGAGCUCAACAUGUGGGACACUUCAGGUUCCUCUUACUAUGAUAAUGUCCGGCCUCUGGCCUAUCCUGACUCGGACGCUGUGCUCAUCUGCUUUGACAUCAGCCGACCAGAGACACUGGACAGUGUCCUCAAGAAGUGGCAAGGAGAGACUCAGGAGUUCUGCCCCAAUGCCAAGGUUGUGCUGGUGGGCUGCAAACUGGACAUGAGGACUGACCUGGCUACACUGAGGGAACUGUCUAAACAGAGGCUUAUCCCCGUGACACAUGAACAGGGCACCGUGCUGGCCAAGCAGGUGGGGGCCGUGUCCUAUGUGGAGUGCUCCUCGAGGUCCUCAGAGCGCAGCGUCAGGGAUGUCUUCCAUGUGGCCACAGUGGCCUCCUUGGGCCGUGGCCACCGGCAGCUGCGUCGUACCGACUCGCGCCGGGGACUGCAGCGAUCAGCCCAGCUGGCAGGUCGGCCAGACCGAGGCCCUGGGACCGAGGGCGAGAUACACAAGGAUCGAGCCAAGAGCUGCAACCUCAUGUGAGGGACCAGGGUGGGGCCAUGUGAGAGGCAGGUGAGGAAGGGCCGGUGAUCUCCUGACUCUGUGGGGACUUCAGGGUGCACAUAGGAGCUGGAGGCAAGAGGGGGUCACCCUGGCUCACAGCCUCACCCCUCUACUCUACACGGGAAGUGAGGUGAGCUGGCAGGCCAGGCCUGGAUCUGGGCCAAGAAUGGGGCAAGGGGUUUCGGAUGCUGCCAGCAAACAGUCACCUUGGCUGAGUGAGUCUCCAUCCCCAUGCCCUGCUCCUGUCUCCUGGGCUUGGCUUCUGGCCUGCCGAGGAAAGCGCCCCGCUCUUACCUGCCCUCUGCCUCCUCUCACUCCUCCCGAUGAGCUUCUCGCUCAUCCUAACCACCAGACAUCAUGCACUAAAUGACAAAGCAAGUUGAGAAGCCUCUUCCACCCUUGCCUUGCAGUCCUUGCUCCUGUCGUCCCUCCCUUCCCCCAACAGUCUUC